AUGCUGGUGCCAAUCUUCCUGCAGCGCUGGAUCCUUCUGAAUGCUGUGCGCGUCUGCACAAUUGUGGCAUGCGCACUUGUAAUCGCGUCCACCAUACGCACGCUGCGUCUCAACUUCAGCCGCUACCCAUCCACCCCUGCCUCGGGGUACUAUUUGGGCACCGACAUUCCCACAUCCUUCCUGGGGGUGUUCUGGUCGACACUUCACCACGUAUGCCUGUGCGUGGUGCUGGGUACGGUCGUACUCGCCGAGCUCUCGCUACCCGUGCCUGCCCUGCAUCGGCUGUUCAAAAACACACUGCCCUUCUUGGGUCCGAACUGGGGCACGGCGUUUCUGGGCGUGCUCAUGAUGCUCCUCUCCGCCGACCUGCUCAGUCGACCGGGCCAGGGCAACUUUGCUGCAGCAAGUGCGUGGGUUCUAGCCGCGCUCGGACUGGUCAAUGUUGCAACGGGCUGCGUGUGGAGAGCAAAAGCCAAGUUGCUGCGCAGCCCCAUGGCGUGGAAGGCGGAUGUCGCCGAGAGGAUGGAUAAGCUCGCCGAGGCGAAAGCCAAGGCGGAGAAGGUGUUCGAUUCGCUGCCUGUGCCAGUGACCGCCAAGGAGAAGGUGACCAAGGCUGCACAGGGGCAUGCGAAAGGACUGUUGGGCAUGCUGGGCAUGCGAAAGGAGUCUCCACAGCCGGUGCAGGAGAAGACACCAGCGCGAGACGCACAUUUCACGCCAGCUGCCACAGCUGCACCGACAAUCUUUACGCCGCCACUGCCGUCUGCGGUGGUCAUGUCACGCUCAGCUGUUCCGCCGGCGCCAUCCAUCUUCUCACCGUCUCCAGCUCCAGCACCGGCACGGGCACUAGCAGUGGCACCAGCACCGGCAGCGACACCGGCAGCGGCACCAGCGUUGCACAUCCACACUCGCUCGCGGUCAUCCUCGUGCCUAUCGAGCAGCACGGCAUCCACCUCGUCAGUGUACACGCUGGACCUGCCGCAACCGCCCGCACCCACACUCAAGACGGUGCGAUUCGACAUGCUCACGCCACCCUCGCGCACUCCACCCGCAGAAAAGACGCUCUGCAUCGAUGCCACGCCGCCCAGCGCAGGGAUCGAAUGCGACCGUUCCCCCAGCGUCCUCGCCAGCCUCCAGGCCGCAAUGCUCGAAGCCCACGCCAAAGCCUCCUCCAUCCCGCCCAAGAAAUCCCUCUACCUGGGCAGCUCCCAGUGGCGCCAGGAAUACGCACGCACCGAAUCACCCUCCCAACCCCCGCACGACGACCCAGACUCUACACACCGACCUUACACCUUUGUCUGA